GCGAGAUUAUUAAAAAAAGCUCUUUACCGAGGUAAUUUGAAGCCGCUGGUUCAGUAAUCGUCCACUCUAAUGACUCAAUAACUCUUUUCGGUCUCCAGGUUGUGACGUCAGGAAGCAUGGUCCAGGCUGAGCUCCCUCCAUCUGUAGCCACGCCCAUUCGCCAGCAGCAGCCAAUCGUAGCCUGCCGCCGCCUAGCUCCUCCUCCUGUCGUCCCUCUCCCUCGCUCCGCCCCUUUCCCCGUCAUCAGCAGCAACGACCACGCCCCCCCGGUGACAGCCAAUAACAAGCUGAAGCCUUGCCCCUCCCCCUUCAGGAUGAAACCUGCAGCAGGACUGCAAGAGAGACGAGGCUCUAACGUCUCUCUGGUGUUGGACAUGUCGGCCCUCGGCUCCGUGGAGCCCCUCAGCGUCGCCGUUGUGACGCCCAGAGAGGCGGCGAGCAGAGAGUACCUGCUGGCCGCCGGCCGGCCUCUGACGCGACAGCAGCUCCGCGGCGUCGUCAACAACACGCACAAGCUGCACGCCGAGUUCGCUGAAAUUCCAAUGAAUUUUAUUGAUCCCAAGGAGCUCGAUAUUCCAAACCACGGGACCAAGAACAGAUACAAGACCAUACUGCCCAGUGAGUACUCUGUGUGUGUGUGUGUGCGCGUGAGUGUGUGUGUGUGUGUGUGAGUACUGUGUGUGUGUGUGCGAAACAAUCUGUGUUGCUAGGAAACGGUAACUGUCCCAAAACAGUCUUCAACUCUCAUUUCCUGUUGAACCAGGAAGUUGUUUUAUUAUGUGGGAGGGGCUAAAGGUCAAAGGCCAACAACCUCAAGGACGAGCUAAUAUCGCACACAUACAUACACACACACACACACACACACACACUCGAACAAUACAUUUUCCUCAGAGCGUAGUUUGUUCUCACACAGCCAGCCAAGCAUUUAGCCUGAUUAACACAUUAUAUAACACACACACACACACAUACACACACACACACACACACACACACACACACACAGUGAUUGUUUUUAGUUUGUGCACUUAUGUUUUUGAGAGGGGGCGGGUUAUCAAUAUAACAGCGAGCAAGAGGGGGAGGGGUUCCUUCCUUCCUUCCGACCAAUCAAGGCUACGGAAUGCUCCCCUCCAGCUGCUGUCAAUCAAACUCCUUCCUGUGUUUGAGUUUCUGUGUCGACGUUUCUAAAGUGUUCUAAAUCCAGUCAGGACUGAGUCUAAAAGAGGGU